UUUGACCUCUUCAUGCACCACGACAAUAACGACGACUACGGCACGUACGACGACCUCGAUAACAACAGUCCCAGUGAGGAUGACAACGAGGGCGAUGCCGAGUUUCAGCGCAGGCUAAUGGAGCUCUCAGAGGAGAUAUACCGGGAGGAGGAAGAGGGAAGGUUGCGGGCAGCGCUUGGUGUGAUCAGCGCGAGUUAUGCGGAGGGACGACGGCUCUGAGCAGAGCAGAGGAAUCCAAGCCGUCUUUACCUGACGCGCCCCCAAUUACUCCCUAAUCCGCGUGUUGCUACACCGUGGCAGAUCCUGUACGACAGCAGAAACAAUCGGGCAUUUAUCACAACAAUGGGUGUCGACGUCAACACGUUUGUGUACAUCAUUGAGUCCGGUUUUGCCUCUACAUGGUACAGCACCCCCAUCCCCCAAACGGACACUGAUGCAGCCGGGGACUCUCGACCAGGAGCACGAUCACUUGACGCCAAUGGCGCCCUGGGUCUUGUCCUCCACUACCUCAGCUCGACCAUGCAUGAGAUCAGCCUACAGCAGAUUUUUGCCAUCAUCCCCUCCACUGUUUCCCGCUACAUCACCUUCAGCCUCAACAUCCUCCAUGUUGUGUUAAGGAAAAUCCCUGAAUGCCAAAUCAGGUGGCCGUGCACGCAGGAGGAAUUUGUUGCGUACAAUGCCCUCAUCAUUGUCCAACACCCUCGACUUACGGGAGCGUUUGCGAGCAUUGAUGGGUUGAAUCUACCAGUUCAGACUUCGGCGGAUGCAGAGAUCGAGAAUGCCACUUACAAUGGAUGGCUUUCUGACCACUGCGUGAGUAAUAUCCUUGUCUUUGCACCUGAUGGCCUAUUUAUGACAAGCUUCUCACUCGGACUCCCGAUGGCUUCUACCUGGUGGCUGACACAGCAUUCCUGCACGGUAACGCGCAAAUUGAUGGCAGGAUCUGUGCUCCCAUUAAGACUGGGCAGCGCAUAAACGGGACACAAGCAGAGAUUGAAGAGAAACUCGCAUUUGAUCGAGAACUGCUCUCAUAUCGCCAGACAGCUGAAUGGGGAAUGCGAACAGUACAGGGCUCAUUUGGACGUCUCCGUGUCCCUCUGGAUAUCAACAACACCAAGGCGCGCGCAAACCUCAUCGAGGUUUGUCUUCGACUGCAUAAUUUACGUGCGGAGCACGUUGGACACAACCAAAUUCGGUCAGUCUACAUGCCAGUUUGGACAGAGGCCAUGGAGGAUACAAGACUAUGGUCGGAUUUUGGAGAUGUGAUGUUCUCAGAACAGCGGAGGAAUGAUCGUGUUGCUAGAUUCCAUAACUUUCCUGUUUAUGAAGAUGUAUAGAGCAUGAAUUGUAUUAACGAGCGACACAAGUUGGAUUGUAA